AUGAAUCCCGAUGAUUAUGAUCAACUCCAUCGAAUUAUCAAUCCAUCAUAUGCAUCCAGAGAGCAUCCGGGGGCGGACGAUUGGCGAUCAGGCCUCCAGUGGUCUCGAAUCCUCGCGCCAUACCUUCAAGGCGCGCUCACGUAUCACGGUGAUUAUACCUCCAACCAAGUCCAGCAGCAUGUCCAGUUUUUUGUCCACCAUGUCGCGCCAUGGCUAGGUCUUGGGCCUGAACACGAUUCCGCCUCCACAAACGCACCAAUCGGGCUUUAUCGCCCACGAUACAAGUCGUCUAUGACAAACGACUACACGCCGUUUGAGCUCAGCUGUUGCUGGAGGAACCACGAUCAGCGAGGCAAGCCCAUCGUGCGCUAUGUUGUGGACAUAGCCCCUGCUUUCCCCGGGUCAUAUAGAUCCACCUCAUUCGAAAACGGACUCAAGGCCAUUGAGACCCUCCGGGUUAUCGCUUUGGACAUCAAUGGGAUAGAUGUUUUUCCAGAUCUCUGGACUCACAUCACCUCCACGAUUAUGCACUAUGAACUCGACCUUCAUCAGAGUUCCUGUCCCAUCUGCUCGCCUUCAACCACAUUCGUCGGUUUCGACCUCGUUGGUUCCCAUACUAAGGUCAAGUUUUACUGGCUUUUACCCUCCUGCCAGACGACCUCUAAGAUUCUCGCCAUGCUGGAUCAUGUUUUUCACUCGAGCAGCGCCAUCAAUACAGUGUUUGCGUCGCCGGCGUUCGUGGAUGCAUGGCGCAUGGUACGGGACUACAUUGCAUCCUAUCCCGAUACACUUCGUCCUAGAAUGCUUUCCGUCGAUGCCACCCGACAUCCGUUCCCGCGCGUCAAAUUCUAUACACGAUGCGUCUUAUCAGCAUCCACAGAUUUCGAUGCAUUCGAAUCUCAUUUGAGCUUGGGUGGCAAAGUCACCCUCCCAGAGCACUUCAUUUCCACUUGCAGAGAUCUGUGGAGGUCGCUGAUAGCAUCUCCAAGAGGCGCGGAUUCCGACAAACCUGCUUACUGUCUCCUCUUCUACGAGAUUGGGGCAGCCACGGCCAACGAGGCUAUCGGUUUGUCGAGCAAGCUGUACAUCAUGUGUGGCGAAAUCCCUAGACGAGAUUCGUUCAUUGCCCGUCAGUUGCUCGAUCACUGUCGCAUCUUAGAUGGGGCGCCACUGCUACAGGCGUUCGCAGAUCAUGCCGACCCUACGGCUUUUGUGGCAGAAAUUGGAUUGGCGCCGAGAAAAGACAAUACAGAGGUAGCCGUGUACCUGAAUCCGAGCUGUUUCUCGAGCCAUUCAUGGGCGGAUGGUGAAGACGCCGACGGGCUGUUUCGCAGGAUUCGUAACCUCGUAAGCACGACAUCAUAG